AUGCUGCGAUUUGUUUCCGCCAUCGCCAUCCUGGCAGCGACUGCCGUCCAGUCGGCCCCUGUCGAACCGGCCCAGUAUGCCUUCGUAACCAAGCACCACCACGUGCCGGAGCACCAUCACGUCCUCGAGCAGGUGCACCACGUCCCGGCGGAGCCCCAGCUGGCCGUCCACUACCCAGUCGAGCUGCUGCAAGAGCAGGAACAUCAUCAGUAUCAUCAGGAGCCGCAGCUCGUCCUGGCCAACGACAAGUAUCUGGGAGCUGCUCACGAGUACCACGAGGCUCCGGCCACCAGCUACGCCGAAGGCAACGACUACAGCAGCCUGUAUGGUGGCAAGCAUGGUUCUCAUCUGUACGACAACUACCAGUACGGUCAGCAGGAGGUGGGCUACGCCAAGAAGUACGACGAGUACAACGCAUAUCCGAAGUACAGCUUCGAGUACGGCGUCGACGACCCGCACACCGGUGACCACAAGAAGCAGUGGGAAUUCCGCGACGGUGAUGUUGUGAAAGGUGGAUACAUGCUGAAGGAAGCCGACGGAACUACGCGCGUCGUCGAGUACACCUCGGAUGACCACAACGGUUUCAAUGCGGUCGUGAAGAAGUUUGGCCAUGCGCACCAUCCCGAACCGAAGCAGCACAACGCCUACGGCUACAUCGGCAACUAUGCCGGAGCGUACGCGACCGGAGACUACUACGGCAAGGGCGCCACCAGCUACGCCAAGGUCUGGAAGCAGCACUAA